CAGCAGCAGCGAGACGUGCAGGCGCAAGAUGGACGAGAAGUUGAUCUUGGCCGUGUUCAAUUACCCGGAGCUCUACAACGUGACUCUGCCCAACUACCGGUGCACGGAGAGCCGCGCACACGCCUGGAGGAACAUCAGCCUCCUGCUGGAUCUCCCGGCUGAGGAGUGCAAAAGAAAAUGGAAGAACAUGAGAGAUCGCUACCUGAAGGAAGUCCGAAUGGAGAUCAAAAGCAAGAAGCAAGGGGAGGUCGUGCAGAGCCGGUGGAAAUACAGACAACUGAUGAAGUUUAUCGCACCCUUCACCGGGUCAAGAAGCGGCGUGGCGGACAUCUGUGGCAACGAGGAUGACGACCACGACAACCCUGACAACGAGUCUGGCAGCAUGGAGGGGGAGAGCACGUCAUCCGAGGUGGUCCGGGCGCCGCAGUCCAUCAUGAAGACCCCCGUGAGCCAACCUGACCUCAAGCCCCAGGUGGCGUUUCUGACGCAGGUUCCUUCAAUGUCCCAGGACACGCAGAUGGCGCAGCUGGCUGUUAUGGCCAAGCUGCCGCCAACCUCUCAGACCACAGCCAAUAGCAAGACCGGGCGGAAACGGCGCCUGAUUCAAGAGUCACUUUCGUCGCCUUCCUCUCAAAGUAUACAGUCCCCGACAAAAUGGCUGGUCAAAGACAAUGGCGCCUCGUUUCCCACCAGGCCCCGGGACGAGGAUGAACUAUUUCUGCUGAGCUUUGUUCCGGCUCUCAAGCGACUCGCUCCACAGAAAAGGUGCGAGACAAAAAUAAAGAUCCAGCAGAUUAUGUACGAGGCCGAGUUCAACGUGACACCGUCGGAAUCCCAAGAGAAAAACGCAAAGCAAGAAACACAGAACUGAACCAAACCAACAUUUUUUUUUUGUACUUUAUUCUGUUUUCUAUAAACGUCUUCCACAGAAUGACCAAAAUAUCGAUUUUUCUUUUGUUACAGCAUAAAGUGGUUUAGUUGAACAUCUUUUUUUCCAUGUGAAAUAAUUCAGAGUGAAGAAAAACAAAACGUAUUCUACUUCUCAACAGAGUAUUUAACUUUUUAACACCACUUCGGUUUGGUGUGUCUUCAUUUGCAUAUUAACUGAGCAAGUAAGGCUUGUGUGAGUGACACCUUCAUAGGAAAACAGAUGAUUCACAUCUUUAUUCACAUUACCUUUUUCUGUCAAUAGUCUGAAUUUACAUUUAGAGAAAAGAUUUCACGUGAACAGACCAAGUUCUCUCUACUCUGCAGUAAAGUAUUUAACAUUUACUUACAAGGACAUACAAUAA